AUUUUUUAUUUUUUUUUGUAAAUGAAAGUGAAUACCUGUUGUGGGUCCUAAAAAGAAAAAAAGAAAAAAAAAACAGUCAGUCACCCACGAGAAAAUCUAAUGUAAUUGGAAACGUGCAGACCGGCGCAUGUCUGUAUAUGUAUCCGUCUGUCUCGCUUAGUCCAGUGUAGCUUUCCUCCUUAUAAGGAAAGUGGGUGGUGACGCAGCUUGGGUUCCAAUACCCGAGUGUGUCCAACACUGAUUACAAAAAAAAAAAAAACCCUCUGAUGUCACACUGUUUUGGUGGAAGCAGCAAAAUACUUCAAAACAGGCUGAUUUGUAAGUAACACGUUAUUUAAACAAGUGCUGUCAGUUACGCUUCUUAAAAAUCACUAUUUGUUGCCGAAGUGUUUAUCAUGGACAAAGAGCUCAGUCCGUUUUACUUCCAGAGAGCCGGGUUCUAGCUUGCGUUGCUGUAGAGAGAGCAGCAGCACACAUCUGGGGCAUCAAUUCGAAAAGCAAAAGUUCCAGAUGCUCCGUUAGUUUGGGCGCUGGGAUACGGAUUGGACACGCUGGGUCUGCAGCGCGUCUACACACCUUCAUGAAAACAAAGCAGAUUUCAGUGCAGACCCCUCGGUGAAGAAGACAUCAUUUAGAUCGCUUCAACGAGUUCGGUAUUAUGGCUUCGGGACUUCCAGAUGCAGGUCCGACGCUGGAGCCAAUGGAGAAGGCUGAGGAAUGCCCAGGAAAGAAAAAGUCAAAAUUCCAGACGUUCAAGAAUUUUUUUGUCAAGAAGAAGAGAAAAGAGCCGUCCGCGCCCGGCGGGGAGAGUGUUUUAAAGCAGAGCCGGUCCAGCGUCAACGUCAGCAGCCCAGACCAGGUGGAGGUCUCGUCAGACUCUGAGGAGGAUGAGACGGGGUCCAAGGGCAGCAUGGGAAACAAGGCCCUGUCACAUGACAGCGUGUUCGUUUCUGAUUCGCCCUCGUUGGAAGCCAAUGACGGCUUGGUGUCUUCUCAAGAAAACAUCCCGGGGAAGGUGAAGUCUUUGCAGCUGCAGCAGGCUAUCAGAAUGGACUCCACUCUUGCUGUUACCCCAGGAAAGAAGUCUGAUGGCGGUGGGGCUCUGUCGGAGGAUGAUGGUCUUCCCAGGAGUCCCCCGGAGAUCUGUACUCUUUACACGGUGCUGACUGGCUCCACUAACAGGCCACCCAACCCCAUCCAAAGACACAGUUCGUUGAGUUUAGAGGGGACAGACAGUGAAGAUGAUGAACAGGCGUGCACUGAUGCCUCCUCCAGCCUGGCAAACCCCCUGGCGUCGCCCGGCAGAGCACCCCUUCCUGCUGACUUCAGUAGCCCUGCGACCCCACUGGCCUGCCUGGACAACUCUGCGGCAAAACACCGGAUCGCUGUCAAGCACAAGGCCUGUGCCAGGAGGAAGCCUGCCGGAAGAGGGGUUUUAGGAUGCCUGAAGCCCAAGAGUUUUACUGGAGAGGUUCCGAAGAAAGAUGAUCAACAAAGAUAUGAUACAAGAAUAGCAGAAGAAUCUACAGAUCAGAACAAAGAAGAGGCAGGUUUGGUUACACAACAAGAGGACAGUGAAGAGCACAAUUGCAAGCUGAAAGAAAUGACUUCAGUCCAAUCGCAGGCUGCUGCACAGUCUAGGACAUCCGAAGAGACAACAGCCAGUCCUAUAAGGCACAGCGAGCCUCCAAGCACACAGGGAAGCUCCGAGCAGCAGCAACACCAUCCUUCAAACCCUGCUCCUGAGUGUAAAGGUGUUUCGGAGUCCUGUAUCCCAUCCCCACCGGAGAGUGGGCCUGAAGUCCAGGAAAGUUCGUUGACAAGUAUGCAGGAUAUCAGCUUUGGAGAUGGUGUUACAGAGGCAAAAUGCAAGCCUGCAGAGGAUGAAGAACCCAGAUCCUUUUCUGAAGAAGUUCCAAAUUCCUCCAACAGUCCUUUAUCAUUUACAUGUGUGCUAGAAUCUGAGGCUGCAAUCUUAGAAACAGAUUCUAGCAUGGAGGGCACAGGCACUGGCACUCUGGAGGAAUGGCCAGAAUCUGGUUCCAGCAACUGUGAGCCCAGUCUCUCCAAUCUCAUUGACACUGAAGGACAUCCUACAGCUGAAGAACAAGCCAAGCAAAAAGGAGCAUUGAAAAAAGACGGAGAAACACAGCUUGAUGACAACAAGGACGUAGCUGGUGCAACUGAAGACUCAGCCAAAGAAGACAAUGAAGUACCGAGUGGACUUCAAAUAGAAGAAGACUUGAUGCUUAAAGAUGAUACCAAGAAUGAAGCAGAACCAGAAGACACAAGGAGAGCAGAACUAGCCUCAGAUGAGGAUGAUAUUCUAGUGACAGAAGAUUCUGAUUCUGUACAGCAUUCUGUGCAGGACUUAAAAUCUACUGCAGAGCAAUCAAUCCAGCCUUUGCAAGACAACAGUUCCCCGUCACAGCCAGCGAAUGCGAGCUUGCCUCUCACUGUUCUUAACCUACACGAAGCCUUAGCAGCCAAUUCUGAUGAGUCCUUCGGUAAAGCAGACCAGCCUGCAGCAGAUGCUUGUCUUAAAAGAGAACAACAGUCUAAUUUCUCAGUGGGGCAGAAACAGAUUAGCAGUCCUGCACGCAAAGCCCGGUUCACCAUCGCCCCAGCCUGGCACAGGUCUCUGUCAGGGGGAUCACAGCAGAAGGACACUAAUUUCCUGUCACCGAUUGUGCCCGAGUCAUUUGAAGAAGUCAAGGACUCUGAUAGCAAAUGCACGGAAAUAACAAUGGAAACGUCACCCACAGGGAAGCCAGAAGUCCCAGUUGUACCUGACAGAGGCCAGGUGCCCUCCGCCCACCCCGUCCUGAAAGUGCACCCCAGCCGUGAAGCUCCCAGCAGCGAUAACCCUUUCGGUAUCAGGCUGAGAAGAACCUCGGCCUUGCUCAAAUACAGCUGUGAGAGCUCGGCAGAGCCUGUGGCAGCGGCACUUACAGCAGAGCCAGCUGUCUGUAGCAAUGAAGUGGUGAAGGCACCCCGGGUUGAUUCAACAGGCAGCAAGCCUGCCUUGCCUAAAAAGCCAGAACUGUCAGAGGAGAAUGCUGUCAUUUGCAGUAAAACGGCAGAGAGAGCUGGAGGAAGGUCAUCCUCCCCCACCUGGGUCACUGUGGCCAAACAGAAACAGAGAGUCUAUCAAGAGCACGUCCUCAGCAGGGAGCCAUCCUUGGAAGAGACAGCGGACAGGAACCCCAGUGCUGAGAAGGAUGAUUCCCUGAGACAAACCACACUCUCUGCCUCACUUAGUAGUGAGCUUUCAUGUUCAACAGUAACAGCAGGGUCCUGCUCUUCAGAGAUGUCACAGCAUGCUACGCUGGAACAGGAAGAGAAGAGGCCGUCAGCAUCCAGCCCUGGAGCCCUUGCCAGCACAGCAGAGCCUCCCUGGCUAGCAAUCGCCAAGAAGAAAGCCAAAGCAUGGAGCGACAUGCCUCAGAUCGUACAGUGAGGAGGAGGAGGAGGAGGAGAGGGACUGCACAGAACAGUACCUGCCAUUCCACAACCCAGUGGUCUUUAUAAAGAAAUAUAACUGAACAGAUUUGCACAUGUCACUUGAGAUAUCUCUGUGUUACGUUGAGUAACUUUGUUAACACAACUAAACUCCUGUACAUGGCUCUGUUCAUUACCACAGUAUGUGUAAAAACAGUGUUGAGAGAAUUCACUAAUUCAUGCAUUCUUUAAUACCAAAUAUGUGGGCAUGUGAAGUACACUUGUCCUCAGCUUUUAACAGUAGAGAUAUUGUUGGGUUUUUUUGUCAAUUAAAAUAAAUACUUUUUUUGUAUAUACUA